AUGACCAACACCAAGUUGUCAAGCAACAAGACAGUGAGGAGGGUUCGUGUUCGUGGAGGUAAUGUGAAGUGGAGGGCUCUUCGCCUAGAUACUGGUAACUAUUCAUGGGGAAGUGAAGUUGUUACCCGCAAGACCCGUAUCCUCGACGUGGUCUACAAUGCAUCAAACAAUGAGCUUGUGAGGACUCAAACCCUAGUGAAGAGUGCCAUUGUGCAAGUUGAUGCUUGCCCCAUUCAAGUAGUGGUACCUCACUCACUAUGGAGUUGA